UGAUGGCCAAAAUGAUAAUUUUGGGAGGUAUGAAGGGAGCUCCUCUUGAUUCCUGCCCUGCAAAUGGAGGCCAUGGUUCCCAUAGCUACUCCAAAAACUCCCAGUGUUUUUAGCCCUUCAAAUAAUUGGUGCAUUUCCCUAAUGUGAAGUUCUAUAUAAGCUCAGUCAUUGUGAGCUUUCUUCCACAUUCUUUGCUCUCUCCCCCUUGAAAAUGGCUAAGUUAUUGCAAGAUUCAUGCAAUCAAGACGCCAUUUUCUCCAAGUUUUCUCAUUCUUCUCCUGCAAAUGGAGGCAAUGGCACCCACAGCUACUCUAACAACUCUUCUUAUCAGAGAUUAUUUGCAAACGUUGAAAGAGCUAAAAUUGAUCAAGAAAUUGCCCACAAUUUUGAGAUUCAAAAGCUCUCUUCUUCAUCCCCUUCAAAUACCCUUGUUCUUGCCGACAUGGGUUGCGCAACGGGACCGAACACGUUCGGGACAAUGCAACACAUUGUAAAAUCGAUGAAACGAACGUUCCAAUCCGUGUGUCCUACCUCACCGUUACCCGAGUUUCAAAUCUUCUUUAACGAUCAGACUACCAAUGAUUUCAACACGCUUUUCCAAUCAAUGCCGAAGGAUCGAGACUACUUUGCAGCUGGUGUGGCGGGGUCAUUCCAUCAGAGACUAUUCCCGACGUCCUCGGUGCAAUUUAUGCAUUCGUCGUAUGCAGUGCAUUGGUUGUCCAGGAUACCGGAGGAGGUACUAGACGAGCGGUCGCCAGCGUGGAACAAGGGGAAGAUACAUUACCUCGGGGCGGCGGAGACGGUGGCUGCAGCAUAUGCAGCACAAUAUGCCAAGGAUAUGGGGGAUUUUCUGAGGGCUAGGGCGGAGGAGCUGGUGGAAGGAGGGAUUAUGGUGAUCAUAACAUCAGGGAACCCUGAUGGAGUGUCAGCUGCUGGCUUACCAUCAGGGUUGCUAUAUGAUCUUCUAGCCACAACGCUCAUUGACAUGUCAAAAGAGGGGCUGGUGAGUGAAGCUGAAGUGGACACCUUUAACUUGCCCAUAUACAUAACAUGUCCAGCUGAAAUGAGGCAAUUAGUGGAACAAAAUGGGCAGUUUAGCAUUGAAAGGAUGGAGCUAACAGCGCCAACCACAUGGAUUGAAGGCGCGGUGGACACCAGAGAGUGGAUUGACCAUAUCAGGGCUGCAAUGGAAGGCAUUUUCACCAACCAUUUUGGCAAUGACCCUAACAUCAUUGACCAAAUAUUUGAAAGAGUCACCCAUAAACUUGAACCCUAUAAUGAGGAAGUCAACUCUAAGCUCCAAGAAAAAGUUCAACUCUUUGUUGUUUUGAAACGCAUAUAAACGAUCCAAACCCUGAUCUCGUGAUCGAGGGUGAAUGUCUUCAGAUUUGUAUUUGAUGGGUGUGAUUUGUUGUGAUUCAAUAACAUGUGUGACGUUGAAUCAAUCAUGUUGACUGAUUAUAAGUUAUAAUAAGAAAUUGUUUGUGUUUAUCGUAUCA